AUUUUUAUGAAAAUUGAAAAUCAUGCGUCGCCUACAAGAACCAAAUAUGUCACUCUACGAUGCGAUGCAAGUCCAGAACUGUAAAACGUUCAACUAUCGAAAUAAGGAAAUGUACCCCAGCAUUCGACCUCCAGUAUCUCCGUGUAGUCCUGAUCUCACAGCCCAAUGGUUAGCUCAUGCGCUGGAGGACAAUGGCUGUGAACGUCCAUUUGACAUGGAGAACGAUGAUAUCGUUGAGGUCUGGAAACGUAGUCCGAAAAAGGACUCGCUUCGGUUCUACGGCAUAGGCUCAGCUAUUCACAAGCCGGAAGCAAUUGUUUUUAAUCAACUAAUUUCAAAAUGCCUUGAUAAGGUUAACCGUCCCAAGCCUAAAACCAUCAAACCAAAAACCAUUCCGCCUGAGAGUGAGAACUACCCAGAGCGGACUUCUGAAAACUAUGUCCUUAAUCGCCAGAAACUGCAGUCGAAAAUCGAUAGAAAGCCCGCUGUACGGGAAGUCGUAGACGCAAGCAAUGCACUCAACUGGUUUUACUGCCCAUUUAGCCAAAGUCAACCUAAAGUUUCUCUUCGAAAUGCUCUUGACAUGGAACGCCCAGGUCCCAAGCCUAAGCAGCGUCUCAAGCGCAAACACAAGUACUGCGAACCGCAAUGUGAUAUUCCUGAGAAUAAAUGCACUGAAUUUGAAUGGAGUAAAAGUCAACAAGAUACCAAGGCAUAUCAGGAUGCAUACAAAAUUGAGAUGGCACGUUUGGCGAAAGAAUGCGAUACUGAUCAACUUAGCUACGAUGAGUUAUACUCGGAUCUGAUAACCUGCUUGAAAAAGAUUCAAAGAAAGAUCCAUACUCGGAUGCUUAUAAGUGCUGCAUGAAAGGCAAUAAGCAGGGUGGCGCGAGUGGUUUGGAGGGAGGUGAUAAAGGUGCUGGUAAAGAUCGAGGUGGAGGUGUA